AAAUCUGCUGCUCUUUCCGCAGGCCACAUGGGCAAGUUCCCUGCGGGAAAGCUAAGCGAUGCUGGGAAGCUCUUGCCGGGAGCUGGGCAGCCCGGGCCCCAAGAGCUCGUCUCGGCUGGCUCCUCCCCCGCACCCCGGUCAGCCCGGGGCUCGGUAGCAACUGGGGCUGCACUGGGCGAAGUUCCGUGCCUGGGCGGGGCAGGCGCGAUCGCCCAGUUCCUGCUUCUAUAAGCGGUGCUGGGGCGGCCGGUGGCGCUAGCGGCGCGCGGGGGCAGCGGGCAGCGGAGAAUGGCUGGGCGCGGGGGGACGGCUCGGCCGCUGGGCCUGGUCCUCGGGCUGCAGCUGGGGCUGCUGGGCCUGCUCCUGGGCCCCGGCGCCCGCGCGUCGCCGCCGCCGCCGCCGCACCUCGUCUUCGUGCUGGCCGACGACCUGGGCUGGAACGACGUGGGCUUCCACGGCUCCAACAUCCGCACGCCGCAGCUGGACGCGCUGGCGGCCGGCGGGGUGCUGCUGGACAACUACUACACGCAGCCCCUGUGCACGCCAUCGCGGAGCCAGCUGCUCACCGGGCGCUACCAGAUUCGCACAGGGUUGCAGCACCAGAUAAUCUGGCCCUGCCAGCCCAGCUGCAUUCCUCUGGAUGAGAAACUCCUGCCUCAGCUGCUGAAAGAAGCAGGCUACACUACCCACAUGGUUGGAAAGUGGCACCUGGGAAUGUACCGGAAAGAAUGCCUUCCCACCCGCCGCGGAUUUGAUACCUACUUCGGAUACCUCCUAGGUAGCGAAGAUUACUAUUCCCAUGAGCGUUGUUCAGUAAUCACCGCUCUCAAUACCACACGGUGUGCUCUUGAUUUUCGAGAUGGUGAAGAAGUUGCAACAGGUUAUAAAAAUAUGUAUUCAACAAACAUAUUUACGCAAAGGGCUAUAGACCUCAUAAAUAACCACCCGCCAGAAAAGCCUCUGUUUCUCUACCUGGCUUUGCAGUCUGUCCACGAGCCCCUUCAGGUCCCUGAGGAAUACUUAGAGCCCUACGACUUUAUCCAAAACAAGAACAGGCAUCAUUAUGCAGGAAUGGUGUCCCUUAUGGAUGAAGCCGUGGGAAAUGUCACUGCAGCCUUAAAAAGACAUGGACUGUGGAACAACACGGUGUUCAUCUUCUCCACAGAUAACGGAGGGCAGACUCUGGCAGGAGGGAAUAACUGGCCCCUUCGAGGAAGAAAAUGGACCCUGUGGGAAGGAGGCGUUCGAGGGGUAGGCUUUGUGGCCAGCCCUUUGCUGAAACAAAAGGGUGUGAAGAACCGGGAGCUCAUCCACAUUUCUGACUGGCUGCCAACUCUGGUGAAGCUGGCAGGAGGGAGCACCAAUGGCACCAAGCCCCUGGACGGCUACGAUAUGUGGAAGACCAUCAGUGAAGGAAGCCCAUCCCCCAGAGUGGAGCUGCUGCAUAACAUUGACCCAGGCUUUGUAGACACUUCGCCAUGUCUUGGGCACAGCGUGGAGCCAGGCAGGCAUUAUUCUUCUUCUCCAGAAUAUUCAGCCUUCAACACAUCUGUGCAUGCUGCAAUAAGAUACAGAAACUGGAAACUCCUCACAGGCUACCCAGGCUGUGGUCACUGGUUCCCUCCGCCGUCUCAAUACAACGUUUCUGAGAUACCCGCCUCCGACCCACCUACCAAGACCCUCUGGCUCUUCGAUAUUGACCGGGACCCCGAAGAAAGACAUGACCUGUCGGAAGAACACCCCCAUAUCGUCAAGCAGCUCCUUGCCCGCCUGCAGUUCUACCACAAACACUCCGUGCCCGUGCGAUUCCCGGAGCAGGACCCCCGCUGUGACCCCAAGGACAGUGGGGCUUGGGGCCCUUGGCUGUAGCGGGGUGCCGGGUAAAAACCUUGCUCCAGCUGGGACUCCCAAACUCUUGUCGCCCCUGUUCUCCCAGCCUGGGUUCACUUGGCUCUUCUCUUAGUCUCAUUGCACCCCGAGGCCCUGUUUCAAACGCGGUGGGCGGUGGCGGGUGUCUGGAGGCGCAGGUGAUGGGCACCUCCCUUUGCUCCUGGGCUGCGAAGCAGCUGGGACCUGGCAGCGGACGUGCUCGCCAAGUCCUGGGGGCUGGAGCAGCUGCGGCCCGCUGCCUCACGCUGGAAGUUAGGCUCUCUCUGCCAAGAGCUGGGUUUUAUUGGAGCGACUCACGUUUCUCCUGAGAGACAGAGCAGACAGUUGUGGGCGGCGCCUUUGGGUUGGGUUCUCCCGGGCUGUGGGAUUCCGCCUGGCCCCCUCUCCUCUCCGCCCCCAGCUCUCCUGCGUCAGGGAGCACAUAACUUUCCCUUCUUGGGGAUUCAGAUCAGCGUGGCAGCUCUUCCGACUUGGACUUUCCAAUCCAGUUGCUUUUUUUUUUUUAAUUUGCUUUUUAGGCCAUACCCGGUGAUGCUCAGGGAUUGCUCCUGGCUCAGGAAUUAUUCCUGGCGGUGCUCCGAGGCCAUAUGAGAUGCAAGGAAUUGAACCAGGGUCCAUCACCUGCAAGUCAAGCGUCCAACUGCUGUACCUUCUCUCCAGCCCCCUCCAGAUGAAUUUUUAUCCCAGUUCAUAAUCCAGCUCUCACUCAUUUCCAUCUAGACCUCCUGCUGGCCCAGCUCUCUUGCACUUCUCCUCCUCCUCCUCCUCCUCCUCCUCCUCCUCCUCCUCCUGCUCCUCCUCUUCCUCCCCACCUCCUCUUCUUCCCCCUCCCUCUCCUCCUCCUCCUCUUUGUCUUCUUCAUGCUUAGGGCUUACUCCUGGCUCUGUACUCAGGGAUCACUCUUGGCGGGGCUUCAGGGACCAUAUAUGGUGCUAGGAAUGAACCUGGGGUUGACACACACAAGGCAAAUACCUUAAUCCACUCCCACUAUCUCUCUGAUCUUUCCCUGGCCAUUUUUUUUAACUCCAGUUUCCUGUGCUUGGGAGGGCUGCUCCACCUCACCACUCGUAGCACUGCUGAUUUUGAGGACCUGCCAUCCCUUUCCCCCAAGAUUGAAGCCAGAGAUUUGCUCAAGAAGGCUGGUGAAAUCUGGCACUGUACACGUGCUCCUGGCAGACCCCAGGAGGGCCACAUGGAAAUGCCUGGGUCUAUCUGUAGCGUGAGUGGUGAGAUUUUUUUUUUCUCCCACUUGCAUGGGGCUUAUUCAUGUGAUGGUGACAUUGUUUUGAGAUAUGUCAAGAGUUGCACUGCAGGGACCUGAGAGAUAGGACAAUGAAUAAGGUGUUUGACAUGCUACUAACCCAGGUUUGAUCCCCAGCACUACAUACAACCCCCUGAACUGUUCCAGGAGUGAUCCCUAAGUACAGCCAGGUAUGACCCAAAAAAAGGAGGGGGGGGAGGAAAGGAGUUACACUGCUUGUUUUUCCCCCACCGGUGAGGAGAAACAUAGAGAAACAAGAAUGUGUCCCUGAGAUGGUGAGAGUAGGCCACUAGCACGGGGGUGGCCAGGAUCUGGGGUCCUGGACCUUGUCAGAACAAGCAAGGGCUUUUCACCCAUACUCUUCUGACUCUCUCUGCUUUACUGUGGGUGGUGAAUUGCAGGGUUGGGGAAAGAUGAUGCACAGUUUCAACUGCCAGCCCCACUAAUAUCCUACUAAUGUGAAACAGUUCAGAUUAGCUCAAAAAAAUGUCAAACUCAGAGAAAUAUUUGCAAAAACUAGAGUCUGUCUUUUUUCUUUCUUGCAUUAGUUAUACUGUUUCAUUCCCUGCUUAUCUCCAGUGCCUGGAUCCAUGCCUAGUACAAAGAAGGCACUAAAUAAUUUUUAUUGAAUUUUAACUUUAUCCCUGGGAUCAAGCCCAGAUACUUAUACAUAUAAGGCAUGCACUCUAUCACUGAACCACGUCCUGACCCUCAAUGAUUUUGUUAAGUAUGUGAAUGGGGGCUGGAGAGACAGUAGAGGUGGUGAGGCACUUACCUUGCAGCCAGCCUCAGUUCCAUCACCCAGCAGCACAUGUAUGGUCCCUGAGCACCACCAAGAGUGAGACCAGAGCACAAAUCCAAUAGCAAGCAGACCCUGAGCACUGUGGAUAUAUCCCACCACCCACCAAACAACAUUAAAUGAAUGGGCCAAUAAAUUAAAGAGAAAAUCCCACAGGAUGGAAGAUGGUAACCCAAUGAGUCAAAUACAGGGCUAUUACAGAUCUGUUCUUGCCAUUGUUUUUCUGUUCUGUCCAUGUGAGCAGUGAGGGGCCAGUGAGAGCAAAGCUGUAGUUUCCAGGGGGGUCAAGGCAAGGAAGGGAAAGAAAUAGUUCUAUCAAAGGAACUUUUACUAAUAAUACUACACAGCUUAGUUCUGCACAGGACACUGGAAACUAAAACCACCACAACUUGUGAGAAAGCUCCUUACAUAGUCAUCUUUCAAUUCAGUAGCAAUAUUUUCUGCUCACUCAUAAGUUGUAUUAAAAUAAGGUGCUUGGAAGGAAGUGGUGCUAGGAGUAAUAACACCUGUGUCCAGUCUUUGCCCCAUUUUCUAGGUUGACCAACAGCUGGCCCAAAUGCCAUCACUUCUCACUCCCAAGUCUGUGGCAGAUAGUACCAGCUGAGUGCAAACGUUCCUUUUGGAUCCUUCUAAUCUCAUAGUUGUAGGUAGCAAUGAGUACUUUAAGCUUAAAGGCCUUCCUGGCAUAACAACUGUUUGCUUCACCGGCUUUACUUCUAACUGCUACCCUCCAUUUCUCAUUGCUGUCUCGCUAUUUUCCAGGGGAACAUUCUACACUCAGUAGAUUUCAAAAGUUUGAAGACUAUUUUUUUUUUUUUUUGCUUUUUGGGUCACACCUGGCGAUGCACAGGGGUUACUCCUGGCUCUGCACUCAGGAAUUACCCCUGGCGGUGCUCAGGGGACCAUAUGGGAUGCUGGGAUUCGAACCCGGGUUGGCCGCGUGCAAGGCAAACGCCCUACCCACUGUGCUAUCACUCCAGCCCCUGAAGACUAUUUUUUUUUAAGUAAAAUUUUUGGGAUUUCUGGGGCUAGAGUGAUAGCACAGCGGGUAAGGCAUUUGCCUUGCAUGUGGCCGACCCAGGUUUGAUCCCUAGCAUCCCAUAUGGUCCCCUGAGGACCGCCAGGAGUAAUUCCUGAGUUCAAAGCCAGGAGUAACCCCUGAGCAUCUCGAGGUGUGACCCAAAAAGCAAAAAAAAAAAAAAUUGAGAUUUUAACUUAUCCAUGAUAGAGUGUAUCUCAUUAGAUUUUCUUACUCUGUGCAAGAAUGUGAACGGUCAAAUAUAGUCAUUAGAAAUUGCCAUGUUAUUUCUCGCUAAAUUGUUUACCUUUCAGGGCUUUGUUCAUUUAGUUGCAAACUAGCUUUUCUUUGGUAUUCAUGAUAGUUCUGGAUUUGGGGUACCCCAAAACUAAAAUUAUGUUUUUUUCUGUUUGGGUCACACCCAGCAACGCUCAGGGGUUACUCCUGGCUCUGCACUCAGGAAUUACUCCUUGUGGUGCUUGGGGGACCAAGUGGGAUGCCAGUGAUCGAAUUCAAGUCAACCACAUGCAAGGUAAACACCCUACCACUUUACUAUCACUCAGACCCCUAAAAUUAUCUUUUAAAAAUAUGUCUGAGGAUGGGUUUUCCAUCUAAAGGAAUAAAACAGUUCUAGAACUACAAGGGAGCCACUGCCCUGCAUCAGAAAUGCUCUUGAUGCCUCUAACACAUAUACUUUAAAUCCUUAAAAUAAAGUUUUUGCUAUGGGUUUUUACAGUUUUUUUAAUAUUAGCAUUGGCUAAUAUUGAGGUAUGUAAAUUAUAUCUCAAUACAGCUCUUAAAUACUGCAAAGGUACCAGGAAUAAAAAUUAAAAAGUCCUUGUCCUAGUAAUAUAAAUUAGGAUGUUUAAUUACUAGAAAGGAGUACAAGAGAGGGCAGGAAUGACUAUAAGGUGAUAGUAAGAAAGUAUCAUAGUUCCCUAUUGUUGGAUAAAAAAGUAAUCCCAAAUUUAGCAGCUUAAAACACUAAACACUCAUCCAUUCAUACAUUAUAUGAGAGCCAAGACUGGAGUGGUUGAGCUGGGUGGUUCCGGCUCAGGUUUUUCUGGAGACUGUGGUCAAAACAGGGGUCAGCAACUUUUUUAAUUGAAAUAGACAGUAGAAAUAACAUCUGCACCUAUAUGUUCAUUGCAGCACUGUUCACAAUAGCCAGAAUCUGGAAACAACCCAAGUGCCCGAGAAUAGACAAUUGGUUAAAGAAACUUUGGAACAUCUACACAAUGGAAUACUAUGCAGAUAUUAGGAAAGAUGAAGUCAUGAAAUUUACUUAUAAGUGGAUGGUCAUAGAGAGUAUCAUGCUAAGUGAAAUGAGUCAGAAAGAAAGGGACAAAUAUAGAAUGACUGCACUCAUUUUUGGAAUAUGAAAUAAUAUAAUAUGAGACUCACACUCAAGGACAGUAGACACAGGAGCCAGGAAUAUUGCUUCAAAGUUGAAAGCCUGUCUCAUGAGCUGGGGGAGAAAGUAGCUGGACUAGAGAAAGGAUCACUGAGUCAAUGAUGGUUGGAGGAAUCAUUCGGGGUGGAAGAUCUGUGCUGAAAGUAGAUAAAGGACCAAGCGUGAUAGCCUCUCAGUAUCUAUAUUGCAAAGCAGAAUGCCCAAAAGUAAAGAGAGAGUAUGGGGGAAAUUAUCUGCCAUAGAGGCAGGGGGAGGGUUGGAAAUGGGGGAAUAUACUGGAGACAUUGGUGAUAGAGAAUAUGCACUGGUGGAGGGAUGGGUAUUCAAUCGUUGUAUGACUGAAACUCAAACAUGAAAGCAUUGUAACUGUAUCUCACGGUGAUUCCAUAAAAUAAAUAAAUAAAUGAAUAAAUAAAUAAACAAUGUUAAAUUGCAAAAAAAGGAAAUAGAAUGGGGGGUGGGCAGGGAGAUAGUUCAGGCCUUAAGGCACUUGCCUUCCACUAGACUGAUCCCCGUUCACUUUUCUCAUCCUAUACCAGUUAUGGUCUGCUAGGCACUGCUGGGAGUGAUUGCAGAGUAAGCCCCAAGCACCCUGCUGGAUAUGCUCUUCACCCUACCUAAAAAAAUGAAACAAGAGGCUCCUGGUCAGACAUUUUAGUGCCAUGUCCUGGGGACCUCUCUAGGGCUGUCUGAAUGCUCCUCAGAUAACAACAGAGUAAGUGGGAAUUAAGGUGCCUUUUAUUCCUUGGUCUCCAACACCAUACACUGUUACUUUCUCCUUUUUCUCCUUUCCUUAGAGACCAGUUGCUAAAUUGAGCCCAAAGGGGAAAAUCAGGUCCCACUUUUCAAAGAUAUAUGCACAUAAUUGACUCCCCAUUGACAGCAGAGGAGAGGAGAAUGAACAGGUACACUUCCCAUUCAAGAUAUAAAAGUACAUGCAUUUCUCUAUAUAAAGGCAUAUACUUUAGGCCAGCAAUUCACAACUGGGAACCACAUGUUGGAACCUUUGUAAGGAUAUUCCAAGGGCCACACUUGAAAAUCACACAAAUGACGGGGUGGGGGUGGGGCACGGCACAAGACUAGCAGGGCUAGCCACUGGUAGGACAGGGCCCCACAGUUAGAAAAAUGUUGAGAAACUGUUGUAGGGGAUAGAUUUCCCAUUCAAUUCCACAUGCAUUUAUCAAACACUGCUAUUUGAACAAAGAUCCAAGGGACGGGGUGGAAAGGGGGGGAGGGGGGAGCAUCAUCCAAUCUUUUUCUCUUCCUGGGCAUAGAAUUACCACAGGCAAAUCAUUUAACCCUCUGUAUGCCAUAUCUUUUGGUAAAGUGAAUGAUAUGACUUAAAUAAUCAUGAAAUAAUUUUUAAUCUUCAAUCCGGAGCAAUGUGUCAUCAUAUAUAGUCAGUAAAUGGUGGUUGAUUAACUCUUAGCUGACUUAUCUACAAUGCAACAAUGUGAAAUAAUAUUGUGUUAAGCAGACUAACAUGUAUCCAAAAAGACUGGAAGUAGCUAAUGUUGGUGGAGAAUCCUGUUCACUGUGGGAAUGUCGUUUGUUUCAUUAUGGAAAACAGUAUGGAAAUGUCUACAAAAAAGUAAGACUAGAUAUAUGACCUAGAAAUUCUGUUUCUUGGGAAUUUACCCAAGAGCCUCACAACAUUAAUUCUCAAAGAUAUGUUCACUUCUUCAUUGCAAUGCUUAAGUUCAAUAGCCAAGAUAUGGAAGCAAUCAAAUAUCCAACCACCGAUAAAUGGAUUAAGAAGUUGUGGAAUAUCUGCACAAUGGAAUACUAAGAAACUAUAAUAAAAGAUGAAAUAUUGCAGUGUA